AAUGAGAGAAUUGGUGAUGAAGAUGUAUGCUAUUAUUUUCGUAUUGCUUGUUGUGAUAAUAUCGUCAUUCAAACCUUAUCAUGGAUGUGCCGUAACUAAAGGUUAUGAAGAUUUAGUUUAUUGUGCUUCAUCUUUGACUCUGAAUAGACCAUUCGUCCCUCCGAUUCCACAAUGCUGUCAAAAUUUAAAGAUUGACAAGAUGUAUUGUCUUUGUGAUGCCGUCAACCCUAGAUUUCUCGAAGAAUUUGAUGUCAAAAAGCUCAUCAAACUGUCUCACGCAUGUGGUGAUCUAUUAGUUCCUGGCUCUUACUGUGGAGUAUACAAAGUUCCUGGUGGUGGUGCAUGAGAAAAGAAAUCAAG